AUGCCGGCCGUAGUUAUAGAACGACCAAGUUUACCGACUGAAAUGCGGGAUGCAUUAAAAAGGCAUAUUUUACGUGAACGACAAAGAAAAAAAGAAGAAGCUGACGCAAACGAAGCCGAUAAACAAAGAAGACGUGAAGAAAAGGCAAAAGCACUAUCGUCUUCAAAAGUUCAAUUAGAAGAUAAUGCCAAAGAUAUUCUUAAAUUAGAACGAACUAUACUUGAUUUACAACAACAAAAGUGUGAACAGUAUAAUUUACUGAAACGUGCAUUAACAGAGGAAGACCGUCGAAAACAUUCUCAACAAACAUUGACGAAAGAACCAUCAUGGACAAGUCUUUAUUCACCAAAUCUUCAAAUGGCGCAAUAUGCUCAUCAUCAACAACACUAUUUAUCAGCACAACCAUCUCAUCGUCUACUAGCUUACAAACCACCACCGCAACCACCUUCACAACCUCAACAGCAAUCAUUCAUUCCAACAACAAGUGCAACAAAUGUUUCUUCGAAACGAUCACGUAGUCCAUCAUCAUCAUCACAUAUGUUCUCAUCACCAUCGAGCAAAUCAUCACGCUCAUCACAUGUUCCACAAAUGCAUUCAAGACCAACAAGUCCCGGAUCAAGAUAUCCUCCCGCUUCAUCACAAGUCACUCGUAAUGGAGCUCCAGGAUCCGCUGUUGGCUAUCAGUCACCACAAACUCAAUCAGCAUUCUCUGCAUAUCUCAAUUAUAUGACUCCAUCAGCAGCUGCAUCUGCUUCAUAUGCCAAUCAGAUGCCGCGUGUACGCGGACCAUCACAAAUGUCAAACUAUUUAAAUCCAUUAUCAUUUUUGCCUCAACCAAUUGUCGAUCCAAAUCAACAACAGGCAAAUGUUUAUUCUCAUCAUCAAAUGUUAAUGUCAUCGAAAAAUGGUUCAAUUAUGAAUGGAUAUCCAUUACAACCUCAACAGUAG